GGGUUGGAGGGGUAACGGGCAGGAGGGCUGCUUCUGUCUGGAUUUAUUUUUCGUGUGCGUCUAUUUUUACGGAUAUUUCAUACAACAACCAGAAUUUCCUGAAGGAGGAAGACUUCUUGUUAGGUUAUCCGGUGAUAAAUCUGGGUUUGAGGUAGUGUAAGAAGGCUGGAAGAGGAGCUUUUGUUUGGUGGCUGAGGUUUUUUUUCUUUUGGGAUUGACUGAUGGAAUGACGGAGUGUGCAGAGGAAGAGCAACGAUCUUAAACACACACACACACACACACACACACACACACACACACACACACACACAGAAAAUGGAGAACAAAGAUCUGGAGCUGAGCUUUGAGGAGAAGCUGACCCUGAAUGAGAAAGCUUUCACUAGCUCUCCUAUAGGUUUGACCCAAAAGCCGGAGAAGCAGCACGAGGAGCCCCUCAAAGCCGACGACACCACUAUCACCGAUUCCUCUCUGAUCACUGACCCUCCUUCUAAAACAGAAACACCUGGCAAACCCAGCAGCAGACCCAGCACCCCUGCAAACAGCGCCACCCCUCAGAACAAAAAAGAUGGGGUGAGCUCAGAGCAGAAACAGAAGCUGGCUAAACAGAGGAGAGAAGAGAGAGCUAAGUACCUGGAACAGAAAACCCACGAGCAAGCGGUGAAGAAAGCUCAGUGGCUGGAGAAGGAGGAGAAGGCUCGGCGUCUGAGGGAGAGCCAGCUGGAGGAGAGAAGGAGGAGGCUGGAGGAGCAGAGACUCCGGACUGAGAAACGCAGAGCUCUCCUGGAGGAGAAACAAAGACAGAAACUGGAGAAGAACAAGGAGAGAUACGAGUCCGCUAUCAAACGUUCGACUAAGAAGACGUGGGCUGAGAUCAGACAGCAGAGAUGGUCUUGGGCUGGAGGACUGAACCAGACGUCUCGCAGGGAGACAGGCAGAUGCUCGUCCUCCACCGUAAACCUGCCACGGCAGACAGAGCCUGUCAUUAGCAACAGGCUGUCCAAGUCGUCUGCGACACUCUGGAACUCGCCCAAACGAACUCGUAGCCUGCGCCUGAGCCCUUGGGAGAGUCGCAUCGUGGAGAGACUCAUGACCCCGACACUGUCCUUCCUGGCCAGAAGCCGCAGCACCACCGCGCUCCUGAACAGCAGCGACCCUCACCAAUGUUCCCGUUCUCCAUCUGCGUCUCCAUUAGCCGCCUGCUCGCACCAGCACAACACAGACCGCUGGAGUUCCAGCACACCGGAUAUCACACAGCGCCAGCGCAGGCGCAACUCUGCUCCGGCUAAAAAGGAGAAGAAGGACAAGGAGAGAGAAAAUGAAAAAGAGAAGAACGCUAUCACUAAAGAGAAAGUGCAGAAGAAGAGACAAUCCGAGUCGCUCACACGACCCAGACCUGAGCUCAGCACCAAUGUUAAACCAAAGAGUCGAGUUUCCUCCCCUGCUCCCACCAGGAGUCGUCCCUUGUCCCCCAGUCCUGCUGUUUCCCCCAAAUCCCAGUCCGCAUCCUCCUCGGGCCGAACUCCUCCUGCCACUAAAACCCGGCCCCGGCGUGCACAGACCCCGGCCCGAGUGCAGCCCCGUGUCGUGAGUACCGUCACCGUGACCGAGACGAAGAAAGAACCUGCUAAAGAGGCCAAGAUUCCUGCCAUCACAGUCUCCGCUACUCCGGCGACGCUGGCUCCUGAUACCCAACCACUCACAGCAGCUCCUCAGAGCCCAGAGCCUUCACCCACUCCUCCACCUGACCCCACCCCUCCGGUCACCAAGCCGACGGCAGGUACUACAGACCCUGAGGAGGCGACCCGAGCUCUGGCGGAGAAACGAAGGCAAGCUCGAGAGCAGAGAGAGCGAGAGGAGCAGGAGAGACUGGAGCAGGAACAGAGAAGCAGAGCUCUACAGGAGGAACGUGCUCAGCGUGAGGAGGAAGAGAGGAGGCACAGGGAGGAGGAGCAGCGGUUAAUGGAGGAGCGACAGCGUCUGCAGGAGGAGAAGGAGGCACAGGAGAGAACUCGUGCUGAGCAGGAGGAGAACAUGCGUCUGCAGAAACAGAGAGAGGAGGCGGAGUCGAAGGCCCGUGAGGAGGCGGAGCGUCAGAGGCUGGAGAGAGAGAAGCACUUUCAGAAAGAGGAGCAGGAACGUCUGGAGAGGAAGAAGCGUUUGGAGGAGAUCAUGAAGAGGACUCGUAAGAGUGACACAGGAGACAAGAAGGAGGCCAAAUCUCCAGCACUGCUCAACGACAAAGACACAAUCACCGCUCUGAACCCGUCACUCAGCCGCGACACUCCAGAGUCACAGAAAGAGGUGAAAGUGAGCCCCGUGUCCUGGAACUCUGCUCCCGUGGUAAACGGUGUCCAGGACACCAAACACCACAACGGCCUGUCCUUCAACGGAGAGAUCAUCCAGAUGACCAAUCACAGCAGCGGAAACAGCAACGGGCAGGGCCAAUCGCAGGGCGUCAUGGCGACUGACCCCAUCAUGGCCUUCGAGGGAGGAGAGACUUUUAUUAUGAAGUCGGGGCCGAUGAAGCCUCAGCAUGUGGCAGAAGUGCUGUGAGGAAUCAGACGAGGCUUUAGGAGCCGUGUGCACGAGGCAGAUCAGCAGUGAGAGUGUGUGUGUGUGUGUGUGUGUGUGUGCCAAACCGUCAGAGCAACUGCUUUAACUAAAAGACUGAGACAUGGACCUUCAUCUUACUCACGUGAAUUUGAAUAAAAACCCCAGUGUUUUCGGUCGUUCUCACUGCGUAUGACGGAGCAGGUGUUCACUUCAGUCCUCAGCGUCAUCCUGAGUCCUCGUGUGGCACCUUAAAGACUGUGUGACGGAGUUUAGAGACAAAACCUGGAAAAGCAUCACGAUAUUCAAGUAUUGUUAUGAGAAAUAAUUAUUGUUAUUGUCGUUGUUCUUAUACUAUAUCAGUAUUUUUUCUUUUAAAUUCAGAAAUAAACUGUGUGUGUGUGUGUGUGUGUGUGUGUGUGUGUCUUGAUCUCUUGAGUUAUUUAACG